AUGGAUUCGAAGUUCACAAUCGAAGUAAAUCAUACAGGUUCUUUUCUCCCCAAACCGAUUGUGUAUUUCAAUCCAGUAAAAAUGGUUGUUAGCAAUGUCGAUGUCAGAAGCAUGAGUUUCGUGGAGUUCAUCUCGUAUGUGAAGAACUUGGUCAAGGAUGGAACAAUCAAUGUGUACUAUUGUCUUCCACAACGUUCACUGAGAGAUGCGUUAAGAGUCUUGGAAGAUGAAAAUGAUUAUGUUCGUUUCCUUGAUGUUGGGCAUGAGAAUGGGGGUAUGAUCAAUUUGUACAUUGAUCACAGUCAAUAUCCAGUAAUGGAGUGGAUUGAAGAAGAGAUAGCUGAAGAUGGAUCAGUAGAUGGUAAUACGGAUGAUGAUGAUGUAGACUCUGAGCUUUCAGAUGAUGAGUUCGUGGAGCAUGAGCCUGAUGAUGAAGUGAUACAACUACAGCCAUCUGAUGAUCCUUUCAUUAGAAGAAAAUUUUUCAAGCCUCCAAGAAUUGUGGAUGAUGAGAAAGAUGAUAAGAAAGAUGUCAAGAAAAAUCUUCAUAAGUAUCCAGUUCAUGAUCCUAACCAAAAAUGGGAUACAAUGUCUCCAAUCUUAGGUAUGAAAUUCUGUGAUCGUUAUGAACUUAAGCAUUUGUUAAGUAAUUAUGCUGUUGCUAAUGGAAAUGCCAAAAAAUUUGCAAUGGAUGAGAUAGAAGGGAGCUUGGUGGCACACUAUGAAAAGCUUAGAAGUUAUGGUUUGGAGUUAUUGAGGACUAAUCCAGGUUCCACAGUGAAAUUGGAUGUGGAUAUCAUGCCUGAAUCUACAGUCCAUUUUUCUAAGAUGUAUAUUUGCUUGAAAGCUGUGAAGGAUGGUUGGAUUGAGGGGUGUAGAAGAGUGAUUGGUGUAGAUGGAUGUUUUUUAAAGGGACUUUGUAGAGGUGAGGUAGUUUCAGCUGUUAGUAGGGAUGCUAAUAACCAAAUGUAUCCUCUAGCCUGGGCUGUUGUACCAGUUGAAAAUAAGGCAAAUUGGAAAUGGUUUUUGGAUCUAUUACUUGAAGACAUUGAUAUGGGACAAGGUAGAGGACUAACCAUCAUAUCUGACCAACACAAGGGACUGAUUGAAGCAGUUAAGGAAAGAGUGCCAGAAUGUGAGCAUAGACAAUGUGCCAGGCAUGUUUAUGCUAACUUCAAGAAAAAAUUCUCAGGAGCAGAAUAUAGGAGACUUUUCUGGUUUGCUGCCAAGGCCACAACAACCACAAAAUUUGAAGACAUCAUGAAGGAGAUCAAACUGAUUGACAAUACUGCCUAUGAACACCUGAUGGAAAAAAACCCAAACACAUGGCCCAGGGCAUUUUUUAGGGAAGAUAGUGGUAGUGAUGCCAUUGAAAAUGGUGUAUCAGAGUUAUUUAAUGCAGCUAUUGUGGAAGUUAGAAAAAAACCAAUAAUAGCAAUGUUGGAAGACAUUAGAGUGUAUGUGAUGGAAAGGAUGUUUACUCAGAAAAGGAAGGGACUGAAGUGGAACUUGGACAUUUGUCCCUCAAUAAGAAGGAAGAUUGAGGACAUGAAGAAAAUACAGAGGUUUUGGGGAGUAAUUCCAAGUGGUUUUCAUCAAUAUGAGAGUAGAUGGUUGAAUGAGGUGUAUGCAGUUGACUUACAUAAAAGAACAUGUGGAUGUAGAUCAUGGUAG